GGCGCGCGAUACGAUGGCCAAACCUGAAGCCCGCAGUUCAUAUACGGAGUCCUCCGAAACCAGCGUGUAAAGGAAGAGGCCGCGGGGCUCUUCUCCGCGAGUUUCUCAAGUGCACCUCGCAAAACCGCCAAUAAACGUGAACCGUCGCGUUUCCGCGGCGUGCAGUGAGUUGUGAUAGCCCCCUCAGUGCGUGACAAACCAUUUUUACCAAUGCUACUGAUGCCAAACGCCAGCGAAAACGGCUCCGCCGGGCGCAGCCCCGUUAAACCGCUACAACAUCAGGUCACUAUACCUCAAUCCCAACCACCCUCCGCCAACAAUCGUAUUCUUAACUGGGCAUCAGUGGCAUCUUGGUUUUUACGUCCAGAAUGUUCCCUUUUAACGACGAUGGCGAGUAGUGAUUCCGGUCAAUCUCAAUUGACUCGUACAACUUCAGUUCGAUUACCAACGAUACCGCCGAGAGGUCCAGCGAUAAUAGAAGAUAAAGGUGAUAAUGAGCCGACGGGAAGAAAUUUUCAAGCACCCACAAUUUGCACGGCAAUUCGUUGCACGAUUCCCACUUGCAACUGCGAGUGCUUCGUCCCAGGAAAGAGACACUUGCGUUAUUGCGAAACGUGCAAACACGGAUGGGUACCCCACGCGCUGGACAAGUUGGGAUCGCGACAUCUCUUCGCCAACAGUGCCCCAGAACCGGUGCAGCCCAACGCAGCCUUCGACAUCGCGAGCCUUGUGCUUUACGGGUGCCAGGCGUUGCCGAUACGCCUCAAGAUCCUCCUCGACAGGCUCUUCUCGGUGCUCCAAAAGGAGCAGGUGCUCCAAGUGUUGCACGGCUUCGGAUGGACGCCUGAGGACUAUGCCAGGGGCUACAUCCUUCAGGAAUCUCAAGGAAGCUCUCUAGACAAAUGGAGUAUCUGUUCAGCUGAAGAGGAGCCAUUGGUACUCCAACAGUUCCUGAGGUUUGGGGAAACGCGGGCGAUAACCCAACAGCUCCUGCUGGCCCAGCAGGCGCUGCAGGAUCCGGCACUGGACCGUCUGGAAAGACUUGAGCGAUUGGAGCGCCGCCCAUCGCCGAACGCGGCGACGCGCCGAACCAUGUCGCCAAAUCGAUGCCCAUCGCCGUCGUCGGUGUUCCAAUUUUCGCACCUGCCGACUAUCUCCCCGCAUCAGAAGCAUCCGUUGGGCUUCCUGAACGUAUCACCCUCCAACGGACCGGUGGCGCAUCCUCAUCCCCUGCCAGUUACCUGCUCGUCGCCGCCGACGACGACGGCGACCAACCAAUCGCCUUUAAAUCGACUCCAAAAUAUGCAACCGUUCGACUUUCGAAAGUUGGGUCCAAGUUUGGGGUUCCCUAGUAAAAUUGGUGGAGACCCUAUGAGGAGACGGCCGUCUGAUGGAGAAGCAUCCUCGCCGAUGGGGCUGAACCUCAGCAUGCCCACCUGUUUACCUCCACCGCCUCCGCCCCCAACGUCAUCUCUAAACCACCCCGUAUCGGCGUCGCACGCAGCCGCGAUGGCCGCUGUCGUAUCGGCAAAUAAUUACGCCCUUGUUGCGUCUUCUUUACGAAUAUCAUCUGACACUACAGCUGAAUUUCCAUCGGAAGAUGAAGACAUGGAGGAAUCCUCUCAAAGCGCUCUCAAUCUAAGCAGAGACGGUGAAGUUGCGAACUCAUCCAAAUCGAGAGGGUCAAGAACGCCCUUGCUGGGGAGAAAAUCCACGACCCCUACAAAAAGACAUUGGGGAUCCUCAGCGAUCCCAUUGAAUCUUGGUACUCAAUUCAUAAAUCCUGCUACCGGGAAAAAGCGGGUUCAAUGCAACGUCUGUUUAAAAACUUUCUGUGACAAAGGUGCUUUGAAAAUUCAUUUCUCCGCCGUUCACCUCCGCGAAAUGCAUAAAUGCACCGUGGAAGGUUGCAACAUGAUGUUCAGUUCGAGGAGGUCCCGCAACAGACACAGCGCCAACCCCAAUCCAAAGCUUCACUCCCCCCAUUUACGUAGGAAAAUAUCCCCCCAUGACGGCCGAAGCGCGCAGGCUCACCCAAUUUUAAUUCCGCCGCAAACCGGCCUGGCGCUGCCAGCAGCCGCCGCCGCCGCCGCUCUCAAUCCUCUAAACCCGUUCGGUCACUUCCCCUUGCUAACGCCGCCGCCGGACAUUCGGCAUCAUUCCCUCGCGUCCGUUGAUUUCAAACAAACUUUAGACCUCAGCGUACAACGUUCUAGCUUUUGUAUCUCCGGCAACAAAACACCCUCAAUAACCACGGAAAGUCAUCACGAAGACGAAGAUGAAGACGACGACGACGACGGAAUCGUCGUAGUGGGUGGAGAUGAAGACGAAGAACAAGACAAAGUGGAACCUUCGAAUGGUAUUCCUGAUAGACCGGAAGAUUUUAGUGUGCCGAUGAAAAAGCAAAAAAUGUCUAUAUCAGAUGUUGAAGAAGAUGCGACUAGUAACGUAGAUAGUAACGAAGAUUCAUUAAGCGUUGUAGAUACCCAAAGUUUGAAAGACGAAUCUUCCCUCCCGACUAACAAAAGAAAACGAAAGAGCCAAAAUCCUAUUAAGUGCUCUGUCCCCACCACUCUAAUGGAAGACCACACCACCGAUGGUGAAUCAUCAGAAGAUGUCUUCAACGAAAAACCGCACGUCCCCGUUAAAGUAGAAGAAGAAGAUAGAAACUCUCAGGAAGAAUCCAAAGAUGUCCCCGAAUGCGAUUCGCCAUUGAACCUUGGCAAAACCAGUCCCGACGUAAACGCUAACGACACUGACAAAAACAUAUCCGAAAUAAAAACCAGUCUCACCCCUUUAUUUAUGUUGGAUAAGAUAAAGAAAGAGAAGAACCAACAAGAUGGUGAAAAUAACGAGAAUAACGAGGAGAACGACGAGAGGCCAGGAAGCUCCAUUGAAAGCAACAAAAGCGACGAGUCUUUUGACAGUUCAAAUGCCCUUAGACAAUUAGAAACUCUUUCGCAAGGGCAUUUUGGCGAUUUGAUGAGUCGAGGAUUGCAUUUGGGGUUAGGAGGUCAAAGCUCACAAUUUCCCCCGCUGGGGUUUAUGUUAAGCGGGGGUCCUCCAAGUCCGGCACGGUCCCAAGCAUCUUCGGCAGGAAGUUCUAAUGGGGGGGAUUCUCCGGACGAUAACCUAUAUGAUAACGGACAAUUUAUAAGCAAUAUGGACGUUCCUAUCGAUAAAGAUAACCCCAGGCGGUGUGCUGCGUGCGGAAAAAUCUUCCAAAAUCAUUUCGGCGUCAAAACCCAUUACCAAAAUGUCCAUCUAAAACUCAUGCAUAAAUGUAACGUAGAGGGAUGUAACGCUGCGUUUCCAUCGAAAAGAAGUCGAGAUAGACACAGCGCUAAUUUAAACCUUCAUAGGAAGUUAUUAUCGACGUCUUCCGAUAAAUCUGGAUCCGGUCUACUCCUGGAGAAAUCCCCAUUCGCCUCUUUAACCGGUAACUCAUUACACGGGGAUAUAUUAGCUAGAAUCUACGCCGAAGAAGCCCUCAAAGGCCACCACUUACCUCCCCCCAGCCUAGAACAGUUAAUGAUGAAUGGAGAUAGAAUACCUCAUCCCCCUUUACUCCUUCCUCCCCUUCCCGGUUUACCCUUUUCCUUAGGCAACUUCAACCAUUUCUCCCACCUGAACGGCUCCUCCUCUUCGAUGAAGAAAGAAUCAGGGUCGAACUCCCCGACGUUGAGUUCGCCUCCUCCUCCAUUACAUUCGACCUCGCCCGUACCUACCACCUGGGAACACUGCGUGGAAGAGGAUAUUUGGUUAACGGACAAAGAUGGGAACGUAAACUGUAGAAUAUGUAAAAGAACCUUUGGGAACCAUAGGGAAUUGAAAGACCAUUGCGAAAGAAAUCAUGCCCCCGAUAUGUAUAAGUGCACCGUUCCAGGAUGUACGAAGAUGUUCGUAUCGCGAACGAAAAGGAACGCACAUGCUGAGAAUGAGACGCUACACGGAGACGUCGGGGGCGUCUCGACGCCCGAGGGUAAGCCGGAUUCGUGACCGUUCGGUCGGUGGUAACGCGCUCUUGUGAUUUUCAUUGUACAUUACUUUAGGUUAUUUUUACCCUUCUGUCUCGUCCUGUUGAAAAAAGCCAGUCUCGUAUUUAUUUAUUACGCUUGUAACAUAGGUUGGAGCGUUCGACGCUCGUCGCGACGAAACCGAUGCCAGUCUUGCGAAGGUAGCGAUUUGUAUUAUGUUGUAAAUAGUAGGGGAGAGAAAUACGUCAAAAGAAACGUGAAUAUCGCAAUUGCUCACUUUUGUAACGGAAAAAAAAUUAAUCGAACUCCCGACCCGGUCGUAGUUUUUCAUAAACAAUUUUAUUUUUUGUUUUCUAUUUGUACUUUUUUUUGUUUUUGUACGUCGUCUAAAAUUGAGACGUCCGCGGCGUCGAUCGCGAGCCGAAAGGGAGGAAGGACUUCGUUUCGAUGUGCAAUAACUGUAAAUAGAAUAACAGUAACCCCCCCGCUAUGCCUGUCAUUGUAUAGAUGUAUAUACGUGUACCUCUAGGGUUUCUAGCGAAAACGAGGGCGUUUGCGAGUAUACGAUCACGAUUCUAGGGAAAACUCGAACCGAUUGGCUCGUUUUCCUCUGGCCGAACUCAUUCAGCACUACCUUCUUCCUUUUUUUUUCAAUGUUACUUGUUAUUGCAUAUUCACUACUUGUGUACAGUAAACUAUUGUAAACCGCCUUUUGGGCUUCUUAAAAUAUAGCUGUCGUAUAAAUAAA